UCUCCUCAGAUUACAAAUCUCAACGGAACGACAACAAUUUAAGUGCUGUGGGCUCAUAUAAUUGAUUUUCCAGCUUCAAUCCUCUUCCGGGUUCAACUUAAUUCUCCCCUUCGAGGUAUUUCUACAAAACCCUGAAUCUGACUUCGAUCUCUCCUUUCCUCUCCCAUAGAUCCGCAAAUUGGGUUCACAAAUAGUUCUCAUUUUCUAUUUGUAUAAGAUUUAAAGGUCCCAUCCAAGUGCUUGUAUAAAUGCCCAUGCGGAACAUAAUUCUGUAAUGAGCUCAGAAUUGUUUUUUACUGGAAAAAGAUUAGAUUUUCCUUAUUUUUGCAUAGCUCAGUUAAGGAAUUAUGGUGAGAGAGCUAAGUAUAGAAUCAUUUUACUUGCGGUUGCGCAAAUCGGCUUUAGCUUCAGCUUCGUCCACUCCUUUGCUAAUUUUCCCUUCAACUUCUGAUGUGGAUUCGCUUUGUGCUUUAAAGAUAAUUGGCCAUGUUCUUGAAUCUGAUUCCGUUAGAUAUGCUUGUUAUCCAGUUUCCAGUUUUAAGGAAAUUCAUAAAUAUGCGGGACCUAAUUUGUGUGCCUUGUCUGAGGAACCCAUUACAAUUUUGUUAGUUAAUUGGGGUUGUCAUAGAGAUCUUAGGAGGGUAUUACAAAUUGGUCCUUCGGCUUGUGUUUUUGUGGUGGAUAGCCACAGGCCCAUCCACUUGCAUAAUUUGAGCGACAGGAAUGAUCGUGUUGUGGUGCUUUACACCAAGGAUGAUGAGCACCAGGCUGAUUUGGCUUAUGAUUUUGACAUUUCAGAGCUGGCUAACGCCGGUGAUUUGAAUAGUGAUGAUGAGAUUGAGGACGAUUCGGAUAGUGAGGAUGAGAAUGACAGUGAGGGUGAGGAGGAAGAUGGUGGUGAGAGUCAAGGGACUCGAAAGAGGAGGAAGGUUUCUCAAGAAAGUGAGAAUGACCCAGUUAAGCUUUUCAGAAAGUUGAAGAAAGAGUACUACUUUAUGGGUACCUUUCAUGGGAAGCCAUCUGGCUGUUUGAUGUAUGAACUGUCUCAUUCUCUCAGGAAAAACACAAAUGAGUUGCUUUGGUUGGCUUGUGUGGCUUUAACUGACCAGUUUGUUCACGAGAGAUUAACAGAAGAGAGAUACCACGCUGGGGUAAUGGAGCUUGAGCAGCAUAUUAAUAGCUCAGGCAAUUUGGACACUAUUACUUCAGUUACUCUCAAAGAUGGAACAAAGGUCACUGCACCUGACACUUCAAGAAUCUCAUACGAGGAUGAGCCAAGGCUGAUGCUCUUACAAGAAUGGAACUUGUUUGAUUCGAUGUUGUGUUCAUCUUACAUUGCAACUAAGUUAAAGACUUGGAGUGACAAUGGCAUAAAGAAGAUGCAGCUUCUUUUAGCUCGGAUGGGGUUUGCCCGGGAAGAGUGCAAACAAAAGUUUCAGUAUAUGAGUGUUGAGAUCAAGAGAAGGAUGAAGGACAUGUUUGAGCAGUAUCUUCCAGAGUUUGGUCUCACGGAUUUUUAUUUUAGAGGAUUCUUACUAUUGCACGGAUACAGUUCAAGGGUCUCUGCAGCAGAUGUAGUGCAUGGAGUUACCGCCCUGUUAGAGUCAUCCGUAGAAUCCGAUGGCUCCUCUGCUUCAAAACAGUUUGGGGUUGCUUAUGAUGCAUUGUCCUUGAACAAGCUUGAUAAGCUCGAAAUUGGGAUGAAACAUGCUAUCUCAGUGCAAAGGUCGAUUCUUAGACAAGGUAGCUCAGCCAUAACCAAGAAAGGAUCAAUAAGAAGUGGGAGUAAAUUUCGGUGGGUGAAGCUUGAAGAUUCAGCAGAUACAAAGGUGUUAUGUCGCCCUCAGGCUUUAACUAAAUUUGGUUAUUUUCUGAUGGAUGCCUUACGGGAAAAGGGAGCAAGGAUGAAGCCGUUAGUCUGUGUUUGUUAUACUCAAGAACGGGAUAAAGUAUUAAUGGUGGGGGUUUGCGGGAAGCCGCGACUCGGUGCAGUUCAGGGAAAUGCAUUUGGGAUUGCAUUUAGAAGUGCGGCUGAGGAGACAGGAGCUGAGUACUUUCACGAACUAUUUGAAUCAUCUUGGAUAGUUUUGGAUUCAAUUGCUGUGAAUUCAUUCAUGAUCAGGUUGACAGAGAAGCUUUUAUGAUGGCAUACCUUCACAAUUUUCCCCAAAUAGUGAGGGGCUGUACACGGACUACGGAGGCAGACUGGCGGAGGAUGA